AUGUCUUUCCUUCAUAAUCAUUCUUGCGAGUGCGUUAAGUCAGAAUUGGAUUUGUUUGCACUACCGUCUACACAAACUAGCAUUGAAAAUGGAUUGUGGAUUCAUUAUAAACCAAUUUCAUCUCUUGGUGAUGAUGGACCUAUCGAGUUUCAAGUUCCUGGGACCGGCGAUGACUACAUAGAUUUGUCUCAUACAUUACUCCACAUAAAGGCAAAAGUAUUAAAUCAAGAUUCAACUAACUUGGUAUCUACUACAAUAGUAGCACCUGUAAAUAAUUGGCUGCAUUCACUUUUUAGUCAACUUGAUGUUUAUUUAAACCAAAAACUUGUAUCACCACCUAAUAAUACCUAUGCAUAUCGAGCAUACAUGGAAACCCUUUUAAACUAUGCCCCUGCUGCUAAACAAUCUCAUCUUACUUGUAGUCUUUGGUAUGAGGAUACAGCAGGAAAAAUGGAUUCUACAGAUGGUAAAAACAUAGGAUUUGUUAAAAGACAGGAAUUGAUUAGUGAAAGUAAGGAAAUAGAAAUGAUUGGUCAUCUUCACGGUGACAUUUUUAACCAAGAUAAAUUUUUAAUUAAUGGUGUUGAAAUGAGUGUUAAAUUGGUUCGAUCAAGAGAGAGUUUUAAUUUAAUUGUUGGGUCAAACGAUGUAAAGUUUAAAGUUUGCAUUACGGACGCAACUCUUAUUGUGCGACGAGCACGAAUUAAUCCAAGUGUAUUACUCGCACAUCAAAAAGUUUUAGCUUCUACCACUGCUAAAUAUCCUAUUACUCGAGCUGAAGUAAAAGUUUUAACAAUUCCUUCAGGUGUUCAAGGAAAAACUCCUGAUAAUAUAUUUUUAGGACAGGUACCGAAAAGAUGUAUAAUUGGAUUUGUGAACAAUUCUGCAUUUAAUGGUUCCCUUACUAAAAAUCCAUUUAACUUUGAAAACUAUGGUAUUAAUUCUUUCAGCUUAUAUAUUGAUGGUCAACAAAUACCUUCAAAAGCUUUGCAACCAUCUUUUAAUAAUAGCAUAUUUACAUCAGCAUAUCAUACUCUAUUCUCGGGAACUGGUAUUCACUUUCUUAAUGAAGGAAAUGGAAUCUCUUGUGAACAGUAUGGCAAAGGUUACUGUCUAUUAGCAUUUGACUUAACUCCUGAUUUAUCAGCUAACUCAUCAACUCAUUGGAAUCUCAUAAAGCAUGGUAGUGUAAGAAUAGAAGUACGAUUUGAAUCCUCAUUAAUACAAACAAUUAACUGUAUAGUUUAUGCUGAGUUUGAUAAUAUUAUUGAGAUGGAUAAAAACAGAAAUGUUACUGUAGACUAUAGUAGUUAA